UUCAGCUCCACCUUCCACACUCUCUGCAGCACACCUUUGCCUCAGGACAGAUAGAGGAUAAACUCUCCUGUCUGAAGCACCUGGAGCUCCAGCUUCAGCCAUCGGUUGAGUUUUCAGUCAAUAAGGAGGGCUCCAUCUGAAGCAGCUGGAUGGCACGUCGCUGCUGUCGCCUGAAAAACAUCUUGAUCUGCAUGUGUACACCAUGCUGCUUCCUGACCUUCCUCUACAUCUAUGCUGCCUUAACGAUUUCUCUACAAAUGAACUCCAUGUUGUCCAAAGUUUCCUCCAAUCUGGCAAGCCCUCAUUUUAAAGCUUUGGGUUCUUUCAGAAAUUACACGGGCCCCUCUGUCCCUAAAACAUUCUGGGAAAACCAUCAGGAAAGUGACGCCUUAUGGAACCAGCUCCAACGGAGCGUUGACCACCUUUUCAACCCCCUCCUGCACCCUGAGAAAUCCAACACAUUGCUAGAACGAAGCAGCUUGGAUGAGUCCUUGCUUCACCAAAGCUACAACAAGGUUACUGCUAUGGACCGCGUGAGAGACACUUUUGAGAAGCUACCAAAGCAGAUUAGAGAAUUUGCAAGAUACAUGCAAAGGAGGGACUAUCCUGUUCUCCUUCAUCCAGAUGGAGAGUGUGGAGCUCAAUCGAAGCAGGAGAAGGAGCCCCCUCUGAUUCUUUUUGCAAUCAAGUCAACAGUCCUAAACUUUAAGAACCGACAUGCUAUCCGACAGACCUGGGGCCGCAUCGGAUGGGUGGAGGGAUGGAGGAUUAACGGCAGUGAUGGAGAAGUAGGUGGAGCGUACAUCCGCAGGGUGUUCUUGUUUGGCAAGGAAACCCCAGAGGAGCUGGGUAUGGACGUCUCCCAUUUACUAAGAGCAGAAAGUAAACGCCAUGGAGACAUUCUGCAGUGGGACUUCCAGGACACAUUUUUCAACCUGACUCUGAAGGACGUGCUUUUCUGGAGCUGGUUCUCUCACCGCUGCACUCAGCCUCUCUUUGUUUUCAAAGGGGACGACGACGUCUUCGUCAACACCCCGAAGCUCAUCACCUUCCUCAAGCAUCAGCUGAAGCAGCAUCAAACACGCGGCACCAUGGAUGAAUUCAUGGUUGGGGACGUCAUAGGGUCUGCUACACCCAAUCGAGUGAAGCGAUCCAAGUAUUUCAUCCCAGAAGGCUUCUACAGGGGGCGCUAUCCCGUAUAUGCAGGUGGAGGAGGGGUGGUGUACUCUGGGGGGCUGGCUCGACGCCUGCACAACAUAUCUAAAACAAUCCACCUUUUCCCCAUCGAUGACGUCUAUGUGGGAAUGUGCAUGAUUCGCCUCAAUGCCCAUCCAGUCCACCACCCCGCCUUCCUCACCUUUGACUUCACUGAGAAGGAAGAGGCAGAGCCAUGUUCUUACCACAGCAUCCUUCUGGUCCACAAGCGAAGCCCCAGAGAGGUAGUGGAGCUUUGGGCCGACAUUAGGAGCACGAGGGAACAAUGUCAGGAUGUGCCUCUGAGGGCCGACAAGAAGAAAACGUUGAAAACCACACCACCACCGAGUGCUUAGACGUAGCCCAGGACUCUACCUGUUAAAGCAACCUGAAAAAUAAACAGUUAUGUUGAGUCUUCAGAAC